AUGGGCAACAUUCCUUCCAACAACAACAACAACAAUAACAACAACACUCUCUAUUCCCAUCUCGGAAAACACUCCACUCCAACCGACCUCUCUAAAAUUAACUCCUCAGGAGUCAUUGCUUCAUCCCAAAGUCUCUCCACACGUUCCUCUCUUUCCGACACGGGCAAUGAAUCAUUGAAUUAUCAUUCCGAAUCCCUUUCAUCCUCUCAUUAUUAUUAUUAUGGAUUUAAUUCCAGUCCAAUGUAUCAAAUCGAUGAUGGUCAUGAAGAUUAUGAUUUAAUGGUCGAUAUCGAUGAAUUGUCUCCACAACAUUUAAUGCAAAAAGGAUUCUCGAUUAAAUUAUCCAAAGAAUUGGAAUAUCGAAUUUUGGAUCGAAUUAAACAAUCAUGGAGUGAAGCAGUUGCAUUGGCACAUGAAGAAGAAAAUCAGAAAUUGAUGCAAAGUAUUCAUUCACACAUGAAUCAUUCACAACAAGCAAAUUCCACAACGACAACUACAACAACACCCCAAUCCUUUAUUAAUACUCAAGCCAUUGUUCCUGGAGUCCUUCCAACUCAAAUUACCAAUGCACCUUCAAGACCUCCAAGUCCGAGUGCUGCAUUUGGUGGACUCCCCAGUACCAACAAUACCUCUACCGAUCAUUCCAAUGAUAAUACUUCAUCUGCAGGCGAUUUAACACCUCGUGACAGUAUUGAGGAUCCUUUUGCGUGCGAGACACAAUCCUCUCACCAACGAAAAUUCUCAAAAAAACGAAAUCAUCAUCAUUACAUUAAUUAUUUUGCAGAAAUUGAACACAAAUUUACACAACAACCAAGUUGUGUCGUGAGUGUGUUGGGUUUUAAAAAUUGUGGAAAAACUCACGUGUUAAAUGAAUUAAGCGGAAGUGAUUUACGUGUUGGAUUGACACAAAGUACUCCAGCAUUGUGUUUCAAAGUUCCAAGAAAUAAUCAAGGAAGAGAUUGGUUGUUGGUAGAUACGAUGGGAUUACACUCUCCAAUUCGUAUUUCAGAAAUUAAAAGACAAUUGAAAGAAAUUCAAAAAGAUAACAUGUUACCUCAAGAAGAUAUUGUAGUGACCACGAGUGUUCUCAAUCAACAUGCUCAAGAACAAUUUCAAAUUCCUGCCAAUAAUUCUCAAAUGAAUUUCACAGCAAUGAAUAAUGGAAAUAUGGUCCAUGUCAAAAAUCAUGGAAUGUCACGUCCAUUGUCCACAUCGACAGCUGUUCCUGCCAUUAAUAUGAGUUCCAUGGUGCAACAGCAACAACAACAACAACAAUUUCAUAGACAUCAAUGGGUAGAUCCAGAGGAGAAAAUUCAACGUCAAUGGAAUGAAGCUAUUGAUCGAACAGUGAGAGAGAAGAAAAUGAUGGAAGAUGUGAUUCAAGAACUCUUGUUAAACAUGUCACAUUUUAUUUUAUUUGUUGUGAAUGAAAUGUCAUGGGAAGAGUACAAAUUAUUGUAUGAAUUAAUAUAUAGAAGAGAUCAUGGAAUUAAUCCAACGACUGGAAAACCAAGAAAGAUUACCUUUGUGGUGGUUCAUAAUUUCAAAGAAUGUGACCAGAUGGAUGAUUUUAACAAGAUGGUUCAAAAAUAUGUGGUUGAGGCAUUUCCAGGAGAGUUGAGAAGUAAGGAAGUGAACAUUGUUGGAAGUACUUUAUCUGGAUCAAAUAAUUCAUCAUCUGGUAACAAUGUUACCAAUGUUGGAUUUGCUCCAUUCUACACUUCAGGAAGUGGAAACUGUGUCGUGAAUCAUGUAUUUUUGGCAAAGAAGGAAUCAGAAAUUGGACAAAAGUAUAAUCCAUUGACUUAUGCAUUGAUUAGAAUUUGGUUAGCUUCUCAAUCUACUGAGAGAAUUCACUGUAUGACUUCAUACUUGACAAGUCAUAUUCAAGCUGCUUUGCAAAAGCAUAUUGAUAAUAUUAAGGAUGUUCAAAUGACAUUUAAGGUGAAGAAGGGACUUUUUGAUGACAAUUCUUUAAUGUCAACCACCACUCAUAUGAACACUAACGUGAACAACAAUACUUCCAACAGCAUCAAUUCCAAUAGUAGUAGUGGUGGUGGUGGUGGAUUAUUGAGCUCUUGGGCAUCGAGUAUGAUACGAGGUAGCAACAGUGCUAGUCACACGAAUAGUAGUGACAGCUCUAACAAGAAAAAUCCUACUUCACAAAUGGCCCAUAUUGUUCCAUCCUCCAUUGGUGAAUUUAUUUUGAAAUUCUUGCCUGAAGAUGAAUGUCAAUUGCAAUAUUGUAGUGCAUCCAAUAAUUCGAAUAGUAGCACUGCUGCCAAUGUGGUUGGUAUGUACACGGGUGGUGUGCCAAAGAAAUCAGAAGAAGAAGAAUCAACUUCUACAGAAUCGCAUCAGUGA